AUGGCUGCCUCUGGCGAGAUUCCCCAGGCCUGGGUUGACAAGGUCAAGGAGCUGCUCGGCGGCGAAAUCUUCACCAAGGAGCAGCCCGGCAAGUGGGAGGGCAAGGCCGGUGGCCAUGUUCCCGUGGUCUCCAAGAACGACGAUGGCACCGUCACCGUCAAGGUGCCCCAUGUCAUGAAGAAGGGCGAGAAGGACGAGGAUGACCACUGGAUCGAGUACGUCUUUGUCCAGGACGCCGAGGGCAACAUCGUGGCCAUGAACAAGUUCACUCCCACCGACGCCGCCGCUGCCAUCAGCUUCCAGCCCGAGGCUGGCAAGACCCUCACCCCUUUUGGCUACUGCAACCUCCAUGGCAUGUGGAAGGGCGAGCAGUUCUGACUCCGUUCCCAGGCUAAACUCUAGUUCGUCCCCGCUGCCAUUGACAUGUGAAUUCAACUUUUUUUUUUGUUCC